CUGGAGUGGGGACUAUAAAUCGUCUCUCUUAUUCCCCCGCCCCGUUCUCGUUCUCGUUCUCUUUGUUGGAGACUCCAUCGGUCAGGAUAACAAUCCACAAAACAAAUAUCCAAAACAUAUAAAUAGUAGAAGCAGUUUGCUUCCAAAGCAAAGCAAAGCAAAGCUAAACUAGUUCUACAGCAAUGCCAUACUUGGUUCUCCACAGCCCACCACUCGCGUCCUUCCCUUGUCACCUUCCAUCAUCAAGGUUCCCAAUUCAGACCCAGAAGCCAGCGGCCUGGAUUCACCCAAGAAAUCAUCGUGCGGCUCUGCUCCGCGGCAUAAGGUGCAUGGCGAAGCCGCGCAGAGUGGCAAUGGUGGCUAAGCAGAUACAGAGGGAGCUCUCUGACAUGCUCUUAACAGAUAAGGUGUUGCAGUACGCUAUUUUGCCUGAGGUUUCUUUGGGUGCCGACCGUUACCUCUCUUCUUUAACCACAAUUAGUGAUGUUGAGGUCUCUACCGACUUGCAGGUGGUUAAAGUAUUUGUAUCCGUUUUUGGCGAUGAAAGAGGGAAGGAGGUUGCACUUGCUGGGCUAAAGUCAAAAGCAAAGUACGUCCGUGGUGAAUUGGGAAGGCGUAUGAAACUGCGGUUAACUCCUGAGAUACGCUUCAUAGAAGAUGAAUCGUUAGAGAGAGGAAGCAGGGUGAUUGCAAUAUUAGAUCGGAUAAAAAAUGAGAAGAAAGUUGGAGAAGUUCAAGAUGAGGAGGAAUUGGAAUCAUCCAACGCACCUCAGGAUGAUAAAGACUGGGAGGAUGAUGACCCUGAUGAAGACAUUAUAUACAUAAAGUAGUUUGUCCCCUAUUUGCAUUUUGCUUCUUCGAAUUGAGGCAUGGAUUUGCUUAUCCCCAGGGUAGUACCAUCAUAAGCCACGGUGCAUGCUGGACAGAAACAACUCUUCACAACUGUGGCCAUCAUCUGAAUUACGAGCGUCUACCAUGUCACACCUUGUAAAAUUACCUCUAAUGUUCUUAUACUUUUCUUCCAGUGUCUUAAUUAUUUGCCUUUUGUUUUGUUUAGUCUAUGCAGGCCUUUUGUGACUUGAGUGCUAUAUAGUCGAGGAGUUCCCAAAAAUGACAAUACACAAGAUGUGAAUGGAAUUGUCAUUUUGUAGGCCUUGGGAUUUUCUUUUGUUUGUGUUCUACUAUCAUGGAUUAUAUACGUGUACUGGUUUAUGCUAAUAGUGCAUGAGGCAAUCCACUUAUUCAUUUAA